UUUUCAGUUAUUGUCAAGUAAACUUAGUUAAGUAAAACAGUUCAAGCAAUCAUGUCCGAAAAACAUCUAGCAGCUGGUUCAGUUGAACCACCUAGAGUAGAAGGACAGUUGAGGCUAUAUUCCACGAAAUACUGUCCCUAUGCUGAAAGGGUUAGGUUGGUUCUGAAAGCCAAAAAUCUGAAGCACGACAUAGUCAACAUUAAUCUUAUAAGAAAACCCGACUGGUAUCUCAAAAUCAACCCAAAAGGCCAAGUUCCAACCUUACUCGAUGGAGACAAAAUCAUCACCGAAAGCUUAGAUAUAUCCGACUACCUAGAUGAAAAGUAUCCAAAUCAGGUUCCACUAUAUCCUUCCGACCCUGUUGCCAAAGCCAAAGAAAAAGAAGUGAUAAGGAAUUUCGUCAGCGCUGCUACAGGUGCGAUGGGCAAAAUUGUUUAUACUAAGGAGCUUCGAACGCCCAAAGAAGGGUUUGAAGCAAUAUUUCCACCCGUCCAAAAAUUAACUGAGGAGCUGUUAGCCAGAGGAACGACCUUCUACGGCGGAGAGAGUCCAGGAAUGGUCGAUUACAUGUUAUGGCCAUGGGUGGAAAGAACCCGCCUUAUUUCUUUGACAUUAGGCGAAAAACUGCCCGUCAAAGACGCCGACGUAUUUGAUUUAAAGGAAUGGAAAAAAGCGAUGUUGGAAGUUCCAGUAGUGAAAGAAACUGUGCUACCUACUGAAAACCACUGGGCCAUCGCUCAGGCCAAGGCUAAAGGCGAAGAACCUAACUACGAUUUAUAAAUAAUAUUUUUUCUUUUAUUUAUACUUUGAUAUAUAUAUUUUUUACAACUGUUUAAUAAUUUCUCCAUUAUAAAAAUACUUUGUAAAAUGUAAUAAAGUUUGUUAUACAUAC